AUGCAAAAAGCAUUUCCUUCAAAUCAUCCAGAUUUAGCUUUGUGUCACAAUUGGCUGGGUAAUGCGUAUAUCAACACGAGUGAAUACUCUGAAGCACUUUCUUACUACUUGAAAGCUAGUGAAAUUCAUGAAAGUGCGUUACCCCAAAAUCAUUCCGACUUAGUUGUUACAUAUAACAACGUUGGUGCAGCUUUGAAAUAUUUAGGAGAAAUCUCGAAGGCUCUAUCGUAUUUUGAAAAAUCGAUUCAUAUCUACCAAGAAAUAUCACCUUCAAAUCAAUCCGAUUUAGCUCCUAUCUACCGAAAUAUUGGAUUGCUCUACAUCGAUGUUGGACAGUACUCAAAAGCACUUGCGUUUGAAGAAAAAGCAUUGGAAAUCGAUCAAAAAUGUCUCCCUCUCGAUCAUCUCGAUUUGGCUACUACAUAUGAUAACGUUGGCUUUGUGUAUAAAACUAUGGAAAAGUACGCUAAAGCACUUUCAUUUCAUGAAGUAUCACUUCAGAUUCGUCAAAAAUCACUUCCUCCAAAUCAUCUCGAUUUAGCUGAUUCAUAUACAUGCAUCAGUGGAGCUUUUAAAGCAUUGGGCCAGCACACAGAAGCACUUUUAUUUGCUCAACAAGCAUACGAAAUUCAUGAAAAAAUAUUCCCUCCAAAUCAUCCAAACUUAACUACCUCAUAUAAUAAUGUUGGUGCUGUACAUAAUGACUUGGGGGAAUACUCGAAUGCUCUAUUGCUGCAUGAAAAAGCACUUGCAAUCGAAAAGAAAACACUUUCUCCCUACCAUCCAGAUAUUGCCUAUUCCUACAAAAACAUUGCUUUAGUAUAUAACAACAUGAAAGAAUACUCUAAGGCGUUGAAUUUUCACCAGCAAUCACUUGAAAUCUUUCAAGCAAUUCUUCCGUCAGAUCAUCCUAUUUUGGCACUAUCUCAUAAUAAUAUUGGUUUAGUUUAUCGAAACAUGCGUAACUAUUCAAAAGGAUACCAACAUCAUAAAAACGCCGUUGAAAUCGCUCAACAUUCAUUGCCGUCGAAUCAUCAUGAUCUUCGACUGUAUAAAGAGAACCUGGAAAUCGUGCAAAAGGAGAUUGAAACUACAACACAGUCAAGAUUGUAA